AAAAAUGUAGUUGUCUGAUUACAAUGGAAGCUGCCACCAAAUUGCACGAGCUGAGAAAUCGGAGAAGCUUCAGGAACGAAAAUUUCUAUGUAAAUGCACUAGCGCUGGGAAAUUUUUCUUCACUUUUGAGUCCUCCUCUGAUUUGUUACAGCAAAAUUUAAAGCUUUGUUCACAUAAGCUCUGUUUCUGCAGUUUCAUAAGCUCUGUGUUAAUGGCAGCUCUCAAGUUUAAGGUGAGAAGGCAGGAAGCUGUCCUUGUGGCUCCUUCUUUGCCUACUCCCAGGGAAAUUCUCUAUCUUUCCAACAUUGAUGAUCAGGCAGGCCUCAGAUUUCACAUCCCUUUUGUUCAGUUUUAUAAGCAUAACAUUCUGAAAGAGUACCAAGAUCCUGCUAAAGUUAUCAGAGAAGCUCUGGGAAAGGUUCUGGUGCAUUAUUACCCUUUUGCUGGAAGGCUGAGAGAGGCGGCUGCUGGGAAGCUUUUGGUAGAAUGUACAGGCGAAGGAGUUCUGUUUGUGGAAGCAGAUGCAGAUGUUACUCUCGCUGAGUUUGGAAAUGUUCAACCGCCGAUUCCCGGUUUUGAUGACCUGCUGCACGACAUUCUCAGCCCCCAGACUGUCAUCAACUCUCCCCUUCUUCUCAUUCAGGUAAUGCGUUUGAAAUGUAAAGGCUUUAUAUUUGCUCUGCUGUUGAACCACAUCAUGACAGAUUCAAAGGGACUGAUCCAAUUCUUGACAGCUUUGGGUGAAAUAGCCAUGGGAGCAAGCGGUCCAUCAAUCCCUCCAGUAUGGGAAAGAGAGAUGCUAAAACCCCGUUUGAAACCCUCGAUCAACUUCCCUCAUUACGAAUAUGAUCAAGUACCACGGCAAAUCAUGACUGCAAAUGAAAUGAGCCAUGCUUCCUUCUUCUUUGGGCCCAAGGAAAUCGCAUCCCUAAAAAGACAAGUACCGCAGAAAACCCCAACUUUCGAAGUAUUAUCAGGGUGCCUGUGGCGAGUGAGAACCAGAGCCCUAAACAUGGCGGCAGAUAAAGAGGUACGCUUCAUAUUCCCAAUAGAUGUUUGCUCCAAAUUCGAACCCCCACUUCCGCAUGGCUACUAUGGCAACUCAUUUACCUUCGCCAGUGCCAAGACUACAGUCAGAGAAGUGGCAAACAAACCCUUGUCCUAUGCAGUGGAGUUAAUUAAUAGAGCUAAAACAAUGGUUAACAAUGAAUACAUGAAGUCAGUGAUUGACUUGAUGGAGGUCAAGGGUCGACCUCAUAUUACUCUGUUAAGGAGUUUUGUGGUUUCUGAUAUGACCAAGCUUAGGUUUGGAGAUGUGGAUUUUGGGUGGGGCAAGGCAGUCUAUGGUGUGGUGGGCCUGUUAAAGGUGGAGGGGUAGUUGUGCCGGGUUUCUCUAGCUUUCUCAUUCCUCAUCGAAAUAAUUAUGGAAUUAAAGGAAUAUUAGUUCCUGUUUGUUUACCCUCGGAGGCCAUGCUAAAGUUUCAAUUAGAAAUGACCAAGGUCAUGGAGGAGGAACCUUUGGUACUAUCCUCCCUUUGAAAAUCUAUAGGCAUUAUUUUAGGAGAAUAUUUUAAAUUGUAUUUUGUAAUUUUAAAAUAAUUACAUUAGAUAAUCUAUUUCUCUAAAGAAUAAGCCAUAAACAACUCCAUCCCUUGAAACACCAUCUCUUAUUUGGUUUCAAAUUAAAUUUAUUUGGAGUUUCUUUCUAUUAAUCUUA